GAGAGAGAGUGUGUGGAGGGGAGCGAAGCGGAGCCUGACGCAGUGUGAGAAGCGGAGACAGAAGAGACAGAGGAGAAGGAGGGAGGCAGAUGCUAGGCAACAUAUCACUUUUUUGCAACCCGGGCUAAACGCGGCUACAUCGCGGGGCUCGCCGACACACGCAGCGGCCGUGUCCACGUCCGUCUAGCGCUCACAUGGUAAGCGGCAUGUGCGGGGCGUAACGAAUCCAAACGAAGACAAAAAAAUGCACAGAGAGAAACUAACAACACAAAAAAAGACAUCCUGACGACGGAGAAGACGACAGAUCGUUCUGGAGGGGAUCCGAAAGCGUCUCCUCCGUAGUGCUCGCAUGCUGCCAGCUGGCACAGUGUUGUGAGCAGAGCAGUGGCGAAGGCAGCUGGUGGAAGAGCUCUUAGUGCUAAGCUGAGGGACCUGGUGUUUCUCCAGAGGCCCUGGUCUUACACAGUGUCGGAAACGCUGAAGAAUGAGGAAGAAAGAAAGGGGACACUUGUCCAAUCGGAGAUGCAGAUGGCCACAGAGGACAUGAGCAACAGCCAAUCUGGCACCAGGAAGAGGAAAGUCCAACCUGCCAGUAUAUACAAGACAAAUCAAAUGUGACCCUCCUAUAAUUAAACCAUAGCAAGGUUCCCCCAAACACAAGCUCACUGCCAAUGAGGGACCCAAUCCCUGUCCAUGUCCAUUUUGUCUUUGAUCCACCUUAUUGUUCCGACCAGAGACAGAUAAACAGCAGUUACAAUACAAUAAAGAUCUCAGCAUACUAGGAAGGCCAGGCACAGUGAAGCUGUAUAACAGAGCUGUGCGCUGCUCGGCUCAAACGCAGUUUCAACGAGCAGGCCCUAGCAACAGGAGCUACCCUAUAUAUACAACCCGCCCCUGAGCCCUCUUCCUAGAUGGGAUCCACCUGCAACAACAGACCUUAGAUAUCAGACCAACCCCCCAGACGUCUCUCUGUAAUGGGUACCGCCAAGGCACUGCGGGCGGCCCAAGCGGCGGGUUCACCCCACCACAGAUACUCUGCAGCUUCAUCAUCGGUGGUCCUGUCUGCCGCCGGCACCUUCCUCUAUUGGCUCAGCUUGCUGUCAAUCAUGCGGUUGCCGACAGCAUCGGCGGACUGCUGGCUGAUCGAGGGGGAGAAGGGCUUUGUGUGGCUGGCCAUCUGCAGUAUGAACCAGCCCCCCUACGAGGCCAUUCCCCCGCACAUUAACAGCACCAUUGUGGAUCUGAGGCUGAACGAGAACAAGAUCCGGUCGGUCCACUACUCCUCUCUGAGCCGCUUUGGGAACCUAACCUACCUGAACCUGACCAAGAACGACAUCAGCUAUGUGGAGGACGGAGCAUUCUCGGCACAAUUCAACCUGCAGGUCCUCCAGAUGGGCUUUAACAAGUUGAGGAAUCUGACGGAGGGGAUGCUGCGUGGCCUGGGGAAGCUGCAGUACCUCUACCUGCAGGCCAACCUCAUCGAGAGCGUCAGCCCAAACACCUUCUGGGAGUGUGUCAACAUAGAGAACAUAGACCUCUCUCUUUGCAGGCUCCAGGUGCUGGAUGGCAGUUUGUUCUCGGGGCUCAGCAAGCUGACAACGUGUGAACUGUACACAAACCCCUUCAACUGCUCCUGUGAGCUGCUGGGCUUCCUUCGCUGGCUCUCCAACUUCCCCAACCGGACCAACGAGAGGAUGGUGUGCGACUCCCCGGCGGGCUUCGCCGGCUACAACCUCCUCAGCCAGAACCCCCGCAUGCCUGCCUACCGAAACUCUCUGCACAUGCUCAGUAUCGUCUGUACGGACAUCGACAGCAGCGUUACCCCAUACUUUGUGAUCGACCAGUCCGACAGCAGUACCAUGUCCCCUGACAUCUUGACGCCGUGCGGAUUGGAGGACUGCUACUCGGGCACCCCUCCGGACGACACCAUCAGCCUGAGCCCCGUCCUGACCGAGUCCAACCCCGUCAUGAUACUCAAGCAGAUCUUGCCUUUAGGCGCCGUGAUCACGGUGCGAAUCCCCCACCCCUACCGGAAGAUGUACCUCCUGGUGCUGUACAACAACAGCUUCUUCACGGACAUCCGCACCCUGAAGAGCCAGAGGGAGGACAUCGAACUGAAGAACCUGAAGCCCCACACGGACUACACGUACUGCGUGGCGUCCAUACGGAACUCGCUGCGCGUCAACCACACCUGCCUGACCAUCCCCAUCGGACGACGGAUCGACCCCACCAGCCGAGCCAACCAGUCGUCGGCCACCCACUACAUCAUGACCAUCCUGGGCUGCCUGUUCGGCAUGCUGCUCUUCCUGGGCCUGGUGGUGCACUGUCUGAGGAAGAAGAGGAUCAUGGAGGCCAAGGAGAGGAAGAUGAACAGGAUACAAAGGACCCUGAUCGAGCUCAAAUACGGCGGAGGUGGGGAUAUAGAAGGAGGGGGCGGAGGAGGGGGUCUUUCCCAGAAGCAGAUGCUGGCGGGUGAGAGUCUAUCCAGGAUGCCUUACAUGCCCAAGGGAGGGGAGAUAGAUCCGUACAAGCUGCAGGAGGUGACCGAGACGCCGGUGCACAAGCCCACCAAGCUCAAUUAUAUGGAGGUCAGGGGGUCUGGUGUGGCGGAGAGGGAGAGGGAGCGGGAGAGGGAGAGAGAGCGGGAGAGAGAACGAGAGAGAGACUCGCCGCAGGAAAACCCCCAGGGCUCCGUCGCCGAGAUCUCCACCAUCGCCAAAGAGGUGGACAAAGUGAACCAGAUCAUCAACAACUGCAUCGACGCCCUCAAGUCCGACUCCAGCCCCUACCAGCAGGCCAUGAAGUCCCUCCACGGGGGGGGGGGCUCCGUCUCCAACGCCGAGCCCCAGCUGGUGCUGCUCUCAGAGCAGGGGGCGGAGAGGGGGGAGCGCGGCGGGGGGGAGUUCCUCUCCCCGGUCUACAAAGGGGGGAGAGGCGGGAAGGGAGAGGAGAGAGGCCGGGGCUACCACCAGUCGCUGCAGCGCCACCACAGCAUGGAGGCCCCGGCCCCCUCCAAGCGGCCCAGCACCUCCUCCUCCCCCGGCUCCGCCCGCAGCCCGCGCUCCUUCCGCUCCGAGGGCGGCUACCACUCCUCUGAGACGCGCUACAUCGAGAGGACCUCGCCCGGGGAGCGGGGGGGAGGCGGCGGCGGCGGGGGGGACGGCGGCCGCACAGUGAUCCCGGCGGCGGCCAUCCUCCGGGCCGAGGCCCAGCGGAUCCGCCAGUACAACGAGCACCGCCACUCCUACCCCGGGUCCCAGCAGCACCUCCAGGAACUGCAGCACCACCCGCAGAUCAUGCAGGAGCUGCACCACCACACGGGGGGGCGGAACCCCGCCGUCCUGGACCCCCUCACCCUCAGCAGGCAGGCCAAGCAUCGGGAUCAGCUGGCCUACGCCCAGCUGUCCCCCCACUACCCGCUCUCGCCCCAGUACCACAACCUCAGCUACUGCUCCAGCCCCGAGGAGGACGAGGAGGACGAGGGGCUCCUGUGCACCCCCACCCUGGGACUGUGGGAGCGCUUCAAGCUGCACCGCAAGAGGCACCGGCAGGCUUCCAUGGAGGAGGAGGGCUAUGUGGCGGCGGGACACGCACUGAGGCGGAAGGUGCAGUUCGCCAAGGACGAGGACCUGCACGACAUACUGGACUACUGGAAGGGUGUGUCCGCGCAGCAGAAAGCCUGAGUCCAACCCCAGAAUGGAUAGCCGUUGAGAAUUGGAAAUUAGUAAAUAUAUAUAUAUACAUAUAUAUAUCGGCGUACAUUAUUUCUCGCUCACACACACACAUACACAAAUGAAAAAAGACAUGUAGGUACGUAAUUAACACAUGUAGACGGCGCCUACAAGCGCCAGUUGUAUACAGUACACACAAACACAAAUACACACACACACACACACACACACACAUGCUACACAGCCAACACAACAAGCCUUUGCUUCUGAGAACAUGGAACAAAGUAAUAUAUUUACGAUAUUGAACGAAAAAUCUGUUAACUUUAUGACCCACUUAUGAAUUUUUUUUGUAAUGUAAUGAAAAGUAUAGAUCAGAAUUAUGUAGCUGUUUGUAUUGUUACACUAGGGUUUUGAAGGGGAGAAGAAAAAAACGGAAAAACAAAACAAAACACCAACACCAACAUAAGCAGAAACAAUAAGAGUUGCAGGCAACUGUACCCGUAACACAACCUCCGGUUCUGGUCCCGCCUUGGAGAUUGACGUGUGACAGAAUAACGUCACACCUCAUUGCUCCACUUUGAGGCAGGGAAGAACGGCUGCCAUUUUAACUAGAGAACGGUGAAUCAAAGUGGGGUGAUUCUUCUUCUAUAUAACUCCAUGCUAGUGCUGUGACAUUACAAAAACCAGACAUUUGUAAAGACCAUGGAUUGUAAUUUUCUUAGGUGAGACAUCGUGGGGGAUACAUUCAGGGGUUGGGUCCCCUGGGACGAGGAAGGUGGUGGUGAUCCAUAGCGAGAAAGCAUCAUGUGCCAAAACACUGAAGGGGGAAAAACAAAAGAUUUACUGUGCUUCAACACCCUCCUCCUCGUCACUGUUUUUCUAGAACGAACUAUGAACAAAAAAAAAAACACACUGUAGAAUGAUAUGUUGUUAUUACUAUUAUAAUAAUUAUGAUUACUAUUCUUAAUACAAUCCUCAUCCUUACUAUUAUGUUAUUUGAAUAUGGCAUGGCUCUGUCGUGUGACUGUGUUUUGACUGUUUUAAUCCUCGGAUGCCGAGGACGACAUACACGCGAAACAGAGUCUGACGGACACCGGCGGACAUUUUAGUUGUUUCUUUUCCUUUUCCAGCCAAGACGGAGUCGUUGUGUUCUGCUCUGAGCCCAGCAGACGCUACUUUCCAUAGUCUUGUUGACAAAAAAAACAACAGAACUCCAAACUUUUGUUGUACCGCUUCCCAUCUUCUGGCGUGGAAGUGCUGUACAGAAGACUGUCAGAGCAGUUCUAUAUAUUUGCACCAGAGGGGACUCUUUUGUUUGUACAAUGUGCUUUUGGAAUCUUUCAGACUUUUCCGGUAUACCCGACGUUAGUUUACCUGCUUAACUCACUGAUAAUUGUACGUUUUUGAUUUUGAAAAACUCGAUAAUUGCGAGAAGAGAAAAAAUAAUUCUGAUCCUCAAAUGAAUGUCUUCAACUCCUAUGGGGGCGCAACAUAUCUGCACUCUUCGAAAUCAGAAAACGUCUUAACAAGAGAAAAAAGCCUAAAACUCAUUUCCGAAUACACUGUAGCUUCACUGUGCUUUACCCACAGUCCCCCAUUCUCUCUCUCCUCACAUCUCCCACCGUAACCGCGUCUUUUGGAUUCCUCUGGUGCCACUGUGCAAGGUCCACCUUGAUAACUCACAGAGUAUUUGAAAGGGUUUUUUAAAUACGUUUAAUAACAGACCUCGUCUCCUCCACAUAAGUUCAUUUUGCCAAAACAAACGACUAUUUGCACAAGAUGAAUCAUUGCCAUUGGCUCACUGCUAACUCUCUUCUCUCCUCCAAUCAUUUCUAAGACCAAAGUACUGUGGUAGUGGAUUCCCUCUCGUGUCCCCCAGACCGGCCCACACUAUUUAUACACCCUCACCCCCCUGCGUAACUACUCUAAAACCCUAGCACACACACACACACACAGACACACACACAGAUACACACACACACACACACACCACACACACACACACACACACACACACACACACACAGACAUACACACACGUAGGCUAAAUGAAUGUAUUCUUUGUGUAAUAAAACGUUAUCAGCUGGAACUUUAUUUCUGAUGUAAAAGCUGUAUUUAACUCAGUGUCUUGAUACGUUCAGAGGAUUACUUGCUAUUUGGUUAUCUGGUAAGAGGAACACUACUGCUUCACGGACAACUUAAAAAUCUCCAAAAUUCUGGCCCCGGACACCUGGUCUCCUGUCUCAGUAUAAGUAGCUUUGAUUUCCACUCUAUUAUUAACUUAUUCAGAUCACGCAGAAAGUGAAUAUGGUCGGACUAGACAUGGUUGCAGUAAAACAGCUGCAGGUGAAUUCCAAUUGAACACAAGCAAAUAAUGUGGAUCCUGCAGUAUCCAGCAGGUUUGAACUGUGAAGGACCCUAACAGGAGCUAGAGAGACAUGAUUAACACCACAAUCUUAUCCCUAUCGGCAAUGCUCUUCAAAGAGAGGCUUACAGGGACGGGAGACUCAAACAUUUCAAUUGAACAAAUACAAAAAAUAUAUAUACAUGCUGUUCAUUUUGUAAAAAAGAAAAACUGCUAAAAAUCGAAUUAUAGCAGAGUUCAAAGGGGGAUGUGUUCUAGUACAUUUCAACUCGAUAACUUUUUUCAAUCUUACAAAGUAUUACACAUUGCAAGUGUCAAUAGAUGAAAUGGCGUUUCCUUCGCAGGGUUGACCCAAGAGCUAAUGUUAUAAGGAGUAGAUAUAUAAAUAAAAUAUAAAAACGUCUAUAUGAGCUGGUGUACCAGCAAAAGGGUUAUAUUGGUGAAUUCAAACACUGUAUAAAACAUUUUGUAAUAAUCUGCUACUGAGUUCCGAAUGCUCAAGACUCAUUGAAGCCAGUUAAAGCCAUAAUCACGGGUUAGUAAAACCAGCACAGCUGCAUCUAGCACCGCUAAAAAGCUUGUAAAAGUGUGUGAAAACCAUUAACAUUUGUAUUUCACACACACACACACAAACCUGUGCAUGUUUGUGUGUAUGCGUGUGCGUAUUUGUGUGGGUGUGUGUGGUGUGGGUGUGUGGAUGUGUGUGCGUGUGCGUGUGCGUGUGCGUGUGCGUGUGUGUGAAAUGUGUGUGGAUCCUACAUUUGAGAGCAGAGGUUGUGCUUCCAACCUGGGUCCCAAAGCUAAACCUUCAUUUAGAAGCAACCUUGGUCUAUAGGCUAUCCCUUCAUUUAGAAUAAAUGUUGCUCUAUAGGCUUAACCUUCCUUUAGAAGCAACAUUGGUCUUAAGGCUAAAACUUAAUCUAGAAGCAACUUCGGUCUAAAGGCUAAACCUUCAUUUAGAAGUAACCUGGAUCUAUAGGCUAACUCUUUAUUUAGAAGCUAGGCUUGGUUUUUUCAAUUAUGUCCUGGAUUGUGGCUUUAACUCAAACAACAGCCUUAAAAGAAAAGAAUAAAAAAAACACAUUUGAUUUUGUUUUAAUCUUUUCCAACUUGAGCAUUGCUUUGAAAUCAAGGUAAAUUCUCCUGAUUUCUUUACUCCUACUUUCCUGUCUGCGUUUUGUUUACAUUUCUUUUCAACUGCUUGAUCCUAAAGCAUCACUCAAGCUUUCUUUGAAUAACAGUAAUGUCGAUGUAGCGAUGUAUUAAACUACUCAUUUUGUUUUUGGGGUUAUGUUCUUGUGGUUUAUUAUAUCCUUUUCAUUUAUGGAACAGUGGCCUGUAUUUACCAUGUAUCUGAGUAGCAGUGCUACAGUCUAGAAACCCGACAGUAAUAAAGAGAAAAGGGAAUCGGUCAACACUGACCCUUCGUCCACACUGCUGGUCUUUGAGGUUGUGAUGGGGAGUUGUGUUGUAGCAGGGAGGAAAAAAAAAAAAAAACUAAUAAGUAUACAUUUAUAUAUAUAUAUAUAUUAAUACAAAGUAGAGGUACCAGAGUGGAAAGUAGAAUUGCUGCGAGGAGUAAAAGCAGGGACAUUUUUUUCCUGCUGUUUUAUUGAAUGGGAAUUUAUUGAGAGAGUGAGGGGAGCGGGAGAAGUGUGAACAGAGUGAAGAAGUGUGAGGGUGGAGGGGUGGAGGGAUGGAGGGAUGGAGAGAGAAAGAGGGAGAUACUGAGGUGAAAAAGACAUGUAAUCUAAGGAUCAGUGUUGGGGUCUUUUUUUUAUUUAUUUUUUCUUGUCGGAAAUUAAAAUGAGCACAAUAAAAAUAAAUAGCCUUUUU